GCCUGAUACCAGCAGUCUGUUCUUCCUCCUCCGCUGUGGUGAAACUCCACCAGGCUGUGACAACCAUGUUGGCGGUGUGUUUGAGGCUGCUUUUGCUCCUCCCCCUGGUUUGCUGUGUCCCCUCUCCCUCCAGACCCCCUUCCAGACUCUGCAGGCGGUGCUGCGACCACUCGGAGCCUCCAGCGGCCACAGGCCAAUACCAGAUGCCAGAGGUCCGCACUGUCAUCAACAUGACCAUCCUCAAAGGUGAUAAAGGAGACAAAGGUGACAAAGGCACACCUGGAAAACCAGGUCUAGAGGGCCCUACCGGUUAUCGAGGACCCAUGGGCCCUAAAGGCAGCAAAGGCCAGGCAGGUGCCCCUGGAGACGCCUGCAAGAUCCCUUAUUCUUCUUUCUCAGUGGGACGUCGAAAGUCCCUCCACAGCGUGGACUACUAUCAGGCACUGGUGUUCGACACGGUGUUCGUCAACCUCUACGAGCACUUCAACAUGUUCAAGGGCAAGUUCUACUGCUACGUGCCGGGGAUCUACUUCUUCAACAUCAACAUCCACACCUGGAACUUCAAGGAGACCUACCUUCACCUGAUGCACAAUGACAAGGAGCAGGUGAUCCUAUACGCUCAGCCCAGUGAAAGGUCCAUCAUGCAGAGCCAGAGUGUAAUGCUGGAUCUGGCUCUGAAUGAUGAGGUAUGGGUCCGACUCUACAAGAGGGAGAGGGAGAAUGCCAUAUACAGUGAUGAUGUGGAUGUUUACAUCACCUUCAAUGGAUACCUGGUGGCACCUAGCAUCCAGUGAAAACAUGACAAAGGGAAUUAUGAGAGGAUUUGCAGAAUCUCUGGGUCUGAUUAUUUAGGGUUUUUUUUUCACCAAGGAUACUGUUUUGUGCAAAGAGAGAAGAACUAAAUAGAGGACAUUACAAGUUUGGUGCUUUUUAAAUAUUCCUUUCAGCCUGGAGAGGAACAUACUGUUUUUACUUUCUUAAGUGUGGACUGGCCAAAAACUAUUGGACUCAAAAGGAACAAUAAAAAAGAGAAAGGUAUCAUAGCACACAAUUAGGAAAGAAUGUUGAAUUACUUCCUUUGCACUAGAAAUACACUUUUGUACAAAGCCAAACAUUUUUUCCUACUUCUGUGUGGUGCUAAUGUUCCUCUUGGUUUACUCCUUUCAGGGACUUUGUGUAAGAAGUUGCUUCACUCAACCAGGAAUCAUAAAUCUGUGCAAUCGAUGCUUCUUAACACAGACAGAGUAUCUGUCAGAUUAAAAUGUGUUUGGACAGGCCGCUGUCAUGCAUUUAACAAAUGUUUCCUCUGUGCCUUUCAGAAGAACACUUUAAAAGGUCAGUUCACCCUGUUAAAAAAACAAAACAAAAAACAAAACACAAACAAAAAAAGAAACCAAAACAUCACACUGUCCCACUUACCCUGAUGGUGUGUGGCCAUGCAGAUAGUUUAAAUUUUAUCUGCUGAAGCUAAGACAGCCAACACCCUAAUAUGAUGAUGUUACAUAAUGAUACAUUUGAUUACUGCAGGAAAUGUGAAAACAUUGCGUAGCAUUG